UCGGUGGGUCCCACGGCGCAGGAACCCCCACGUGAUCAUCCUCCCGUGGCUCCCUCGGAGAGCAUCCCCCACCCCACCAGAUCAGCUCGCCGUCCGGCAUCCCCUUCCUCCUCCUCCGGUGGACCGCGCUGCCGUGGGCGCGGAGCGAAGGCCUCCGCUCGAUCCGUCCCGCGGAGCACCGAUCGCGCUUUGAUUCCCGGCCGUUUUGUUGGAGGCCAAGCGGAGGGGAGGGGGGCGAAGCGAGCAAGGAAGUAGCCUGGAGGUGGGGUGAGAUGGGGAAGCAGAGGAACCAAGGCCACAAAAUGACUGUAAUAGAUUUCAUAGAUCUGAGUGAUCAUGAUAUUAUUGACUUGAGCAGCAGCGAUGACGAGACUGUUCAGGAGGAUCAUAUUGCAACUCAGCACCGGGCGGCGUCGCUUGAUAGGCAGACUAUGCAUGUCGUAGCUGGUGAAGGAAUCCAAGAUGUGCAGGCUGUGUUUGUUGCAGCUAGUGAAGGAAGGCAAGAUCUGCAGGUUGUGUUUGCUGCCGCUAGUGAAGGAAGACAAGAGUCUGCUGAUUGCAGACAUGCUUUGGAAGCCACCACAUCGUCCUUGGUUACGGAAAAAGAACCUCUUGUUGCAGCUAGUGAAGGAAGCCAAGAGGUGGCUGAUUGCGAACAUGCUUUGGAAGCCACCACAUCGUCCUUGGUUACGGAAAAAGAACCUCUUCUUGCAGCUAGUGAAGGAAGCCAAGAUGUGCAAGUUGUGCUUGUUGCAGCUCGUGAAGGAAGCCAAGAUGUGCAGGCUGUUAGUGAAGGAAGCCAAGAUGUGAAGGCUGUGCUUGUUGCAGCUACUCCAGGAAGUCAAGAAGCUGCUGACUCUGGAAAUAGUUUGGAAGCUACGGCAUCGCCUUUGGUUACUGAAAAAGCACUUCUUGAUAUGGCUGAAUCGCACAACCGUCCUCGCUCUCCCACAUCAGCGCCGUUCCCCAGCCCGACUUCUACAGUUCUGAAGGCUCCGACCUUUGAAGGUGGCGAUGCAAAGAUGGUAAGAGGGAAGGUGAAGCGUCCCAGGAAGAACUACCACACCGGUACUCCUAGGACAAGUCCUAGGUUUGAACUGAAGCCUGAAUGUCGGAACGGGCCUCUGGAAGAGCUGCCAGCCGAGGCACUGACCUGUGAAGGUGGCGACGCGGAGCUGGUGAGAGAGAAGAUGCAACAUCCUGGGAAGGAUUACCAUACCGGCACUCCUGGGACAAGUGCUAGGUUUGAACUGAAGCGUGAAUGUCAUAACGGGCCUGUGGAAGAGCUGCCAGCCGAGGCUCUGACCUCUGAAGGUGGCGAUGCGGAGUUGGUGAGAGGGAAGGUGAAACGUCCUAAGAAGAACUACCAUACUGGCACUCCUCGGACAAGUCCUAGGUUUGAACCAAAGCAUGAAUAUCAUAACGGGCCUGUGGAAGAGCUGCCAGCUGAGGCACUGACCUCUGAAGUUGGCGACGCGGAGCUGGUGAGAGGGAAGCUGAAACAUCCUAGGAAGAACUACCAUACCGGCACUCCUCGGACAAGUCCUAGGUUUGAACCGAAGCGUGAAUGUCGUAACGGGCCUGUGGAAGAGCGGCCAGCCGAGGCACUGAUUUCUGAAGGUGGCGAUGCGGAGUUGGUGAGAGGGAAGAUGAAACGUCCUAAGAAGAACUACCAUACCGGCACUCCUCGGACAAGUCCUAGGUUUGAACCAAAGCAUGAAUAUCAUAACGGGCCUGUGGAAGAGCUGCCAGCCGAGGCACUGACCUCUGAAGUUGGCGACGCGGAGCUGGUGAGAGGGAAGCUGAAACAUCCUAGGAAGAACUACCCUGCUGGCACUCCUAGGACAAGUCCUAUGUUUGAACCGAAGCGUGAAUGUCAUAACGGGUCUGCGGAAGAAAUGCCAGCCAAGGUUCUGACCUCUGAAGGUGGUGAUGCUGAGCUGGUGAGAGGGGAAGUGAAACAUUCUAGGAAGAACUACCAUACCGGCACUCCUCGGACAAGUCCUAGGUUUGAAACAAAGCGUGAAUGUCGUAACGGGCCUGUGGAAGAGCUGCCAGCCGAGGCUCUGACCUCUGAUGGUGCUGAUGCGGAGCUGGUGAGGGGGAAGGUGAAACAUGCUAGGAAGGACUACCAUACUGGCAUUCCUAGGACAAGUCCUAGGUUUCAACUGAAGCAUGAACGUCGCAAGGGGCCCGUGGAAGAACCGGCAGCCGAUCAUAAGAGGUUCCGCACGCUAGAAGAAUUAAUUGCCUCUCCUGACAAUGCAGAAUCUGCUAUGACCCCGUCUACUGACUCUCUGAACUAAGUGUGGCCGGAGCUCACGUUGCCCCAUGUGCUGUGAAGGCUGAACAACAUCAGUAGUACUUGAAGAAUGCUGUUCCUUGGGAGUUGAGAAACAACAUCAGGCUGCAAGCUAAGAUGCAAGUGCGCACUAAUCAUGUAACCAACCAGCAGUAGGUUGAAAAUUGUGAGCAACUGCGGUGUGAAACUUGUGAAAAACUCUGUUUUUUAUGUGGAGGUUGGAACUAUUUUUUGGUGUGUUCACAGGGGAAUUUACAACUGUGAAUGUUGAACAACGUCAGUUAGUGCUACUUACUGGAAGUAAUUUCUUUCUGGCGAGGGUACUUGCUCGAAGUUCUGAGCCUGAGCAUAUACUCUUCCUGUGAGCAACUGUAAGCAUAAUAAUAUUGCGGA